CACAACUAGAAAUAAGAGUAACUUUAGUUUCCAAUAUCAUUUUCCAUCUUGACUGGAAGACCGCCUCACUCAACAACGGAGUAGCUUAUUUUAACCCAACGUGUUCAAAGGAUUCACAAAUGCAGGAUAUAACUUUUUACAAUGAAAAACAUGUAUAACAUCUAUCCGAGGUAACUGGUAUGAAUGGAUAUGCUACUAGUAGCAGCCUCAGAGGACAAGGAACAUGUAUCAGCUCUAUCCAAGAUAACAUGUUUUGAAGAAAAGCUUAUAAGUGAUGGAUAUAGCUUCCGAUGAUAAAUAAUGUGUGUUAGAUCUAUCUGUGAUAAACCUCUUUAGAUGAAUAACUUAAGGUGAAGAAUGUCCCAAGAUAUUUGAAUUCUCAAGAUGAUAUCUUAUGAUAAGAAACAUAUUUAUGAAAAGGCGUGGGACACAUCCAAUUCUUGUUUCAUUGAUCGAAUCUGACUUAUCCGAAAAAUGAUGAAACAUGGAGCAUCGAUUUUGGAUGAAAUGGAGGAUAUAAUUUGAUGGUUUUCUAUGGAUUUCCAACGGCCAAAGAAUAACAUUAUGUUCAACAAAUGCUGAUAAAAAGCAUUGAUAAAGACAUCAAACAGCUUCAGAAAUACAACAUUUUGCACUAUUAGCGAUCCGUGGAAAACCGUGCUAAGUGAAAUGUUGUGGGGUUACCUUGGAGACCAAAGUUGUAUUUUCUUACAACACUAGGAUUAUAAUUACAACAUGUGAGACCAUGGGGUGUUUAAAUUUGAGAUUUGUAAACUUCAGUAUUAAUCCUCAAUAGAUUUCUUUGGUUUUCUGUCAGUUAAAAAACACAUUGAUUUGUGUUUUCAAAAGUGCUUUGAGUUUUUUGGUUUGAGUUGGUGUUUCAUUAUGCACCGUGAAAAGGAUCGCAGUAUGCCCACUAUGGAUAAGGAGGACCUUAUGCUUCGUCGAAGCAAGUUUGCGGAGAGCAAAAAUCAACAUCAUUCAGAGUUUUGCUUUACAAGCAUGAAUCAGCUGUAUAGGAUACUCUUUAACAGAAAACACAGUAGCGGUGAUUUACAUAGUCGAUUGAAAACUAGGAAGCUCCUAGGUGUGGGAGAGACAGAUGAUGGCGAUGUACACAGAUCUAAGCUUAGUCAAAUCCUUGGACAUAGUGAAAAUCUAUAUGUAAAGCUUCCUCGGGGACUUCGAAUAUGGCAGGUGCUGGUGGCUACCAUGUUUUCUGUGGUGUCGUUAUGGGCGUUGUCCUUCCCAAGCAAUCUGUUUAAUUUAACGUUUGAGACGCCUGAGGGUGGGAAUGCCAUACUACCAGUAAGACUUUAUGGAGCUGCUUUACUAAGCUUAUCAAUUGUAUUUUGGAGUACAGUGCAGUCAGUGGAUAGAGAUGUGAUUCGAUGGGCGCUUAUGGCCAGCAUUGUGUAUUUUGUUAUUCAGAUUGUAGUGACCAUCAUCACCAUGAUCGAGACCCACACAUGCAGUGCCAAAGCAUUCUCCGUAGAGCUAUGCCGUAUUCCACUUGGUUGUAUUAGUUACUACUUCUACUGGGCAAUUGGGCACAAGUCCUUUAAGGUGACCAAGACAGCCGGGAAUGAAAAGACAGGGGAAGGUGUAUCCCCAUCAGCUUCGCCAUCCCCUUCUGCUAGCAAGAGCAUGACUAUUCCCAACGUUGCCUCUGAAAUUAAGAAGAUCAACUAGUUUCUUCUGUGUUUGCAGUGUAGAACCUGCAGAGAUAACCCACAUGUGAUCCAGAUUUCACACCAAUGGGGACCUGCAUUACUUGUCAAUAGGAUGGCACUGAUGGUUGGAAAACUUAAGCGCUUCUACAGAGACAAACACAAAAGGCAAGGUUUACAUAUAGAAGUCAAGAUGUCACAUUUGCAUUUUUCAUGAUGUGACACAAAAGUGCCGGCUACAUAGCCAUUUAUUUGUGACUGUUUUAAACAUAACCCAUGAAACUAACAAGGGGACUUAUGUAAACCCUACCUCAGGUGACAGUUGCAAGCCAUAUGUUUAUUUCUUCUAGAUGUGAUUACUAAUAGAGGUCAGAGGUCUACACAGUAACAACUGUUUAAGGUGUUACUCUUGUAUGAUGAAAUUGCUUACAGUACAGUUCCAUCUUUUAGAUGAUAAGGUUUAACUCCGAUUCUUUCUUAUUACUUCUUCAUCCUCUUGUCUUUGUAAAGCUAUUGUACUGGAUGGUGCCUUUGAUUGCCUCUUUUUGUCUUAAUUUCAUUAAAUUGACUUCAUUUUGUUCAUUACAUUAUUUUCGUCACUAUAUUAGAAACAAACUAUGGAGUCGCUUAAAAAUUUUGAAAGUCAUCAAUUAUUCACAGUGAUUCACUUGCAUCUCUGGUCACUAUACAUGAAUGUUGGAGUAGAGCCAUUACAUCAUUGCAAUCAUCAUGAUCAUCAUUUUCAUCAUCACUUCUCUUCAUAUCAAAACCAGUUAUCCAUUCUUGCACCAUUUUCAAUAGUUUUAUCAGCCUAGUGAAUCAAUUUCCCAACUUUCCAAGAAUCAGGCAACCAUCCCAACCUUAAAUAACUUUCCAGCCUAAGCAAACUUAGUUGGAUGGCCUGCCUGAAUACACAUAUUCUCAACAAGUUGGGAAACUGGUUCUCUAUGUUGAGCAUUAGAGAGGUUCAGAAACACUGAGUAAGCAUUAAAAAGGGGCUCAAUAAAAACGUGAUCGUUGUAAGAGGCCCAAAGUUAUAAUACUACAAAUGUACUUUAUAAUACUCUUACUGGAAAAGCUUUAUUUUUGGUGUUACGGGGUCAGUGUCUUGCUAUAUUUGUUUUCUGUUCACAGCCAACACCAAUAUUUAACCAUAGUUGAAAAAAAGGUUUCUGAGAUGGAACACUGUGGAGAAUUUGAUAUUAAUUUUGAAGCGAGUGCUUCACAAACAAGAAGUCGUUGAGAUAAAACAUGUUUGAUUUUAUUUGAACUUUCAAAUGUUUCUGAAUUUUUCUAUAUAUCAUCAUGAAUGGACAUAUUUAGGAGUUGAGCAAUGCUCCUUAGUUCUGACCAUGCACUGUUAUGUCAGGAUUCCGAGCAGGAAGGGCCUGAAUGCACAUAAGAACAGAAAGUCCCUGAUGCAUGCUAGGGGCAUCUGCCAAUAUUUAAAACUUUUAAAAAUCUGGACGCUUGAGAUGCUAUUUCUACGCAUUUCAGCCAUGAAUAUCACUGACAAUAUAGAACAUGUCAUGAACUUAAUCUUUACUCUGAGUGAGCAGGGCGGAGUGUCCUGACCUCCUAGGACCCCCAGAACAAGCCCGUCCUAUACUUGAUGAACAAUGCUUCCUAAAUAUGACUGUUCUUUGCUUUACGUCCAUCUCAUGAUAGUGACCACAGACAGUCAAGGAUAAUAUAGAGCUGUCAUUCUUGACCAAAAAGUGUUCACACCUAAAACUACAUUUCAGAACAACAGGUUGAAAAGGCACUGUCUAAUUAUUUCCCUUUAAACCCCAUGGCUAUAGAUGCUAAUUUCACUUACUGUGAUAGGCAAUUAUCAAAAUCUGUUAUCUUGUAAUAUCACAUGCAACAUAAUGUGAUAUUAAUAAGAAUGACACAAAAAAACGAAUUGCUUUCAAAUUUUGCCAUUCUAAGCAAAAACACCAGAAUUCACUCGAAUGCUACAAAGGAGUCAAAAUGAUAUGAGGACAUUCUAUCUGAUAACAGCAUAUCUUCCUGGCAACGUUUUGACUUUGUGUUUUGUACGAGUUCUGUGUUUUUUCUUAGAUUUGCUGCAUAUCUGACUUGAGCUAAUCCCAUGAUAUAUAAUGCACUGAUGAUAGAGUAUGUUCAGUAUCGGCACCUUAGAAGAAGCAGGGGUUUGUUUUGUCUUCAGUAAUGUGUUAUGGGUCUCCUGUGAUGAUGACAAGCAUUUAUUGUACAUAUUCAUAAUUUUCAUGAUGUAUAGACCAUUGUUAUGAUGAUCUUGACUAUCAACAUAAUCCACUUUAAUCGACAUUUGAGCUUGUGCACAAGGACAUGAUUUCCAGAAGAAUUUAUUAUGAGAUAAAUUAUAAAAAAACAAUGUUGCGAUAAGAUUUUCAUUGCUUAGUAAUUAAUAACACGUCACUCAUUAUUGCAAUUUGUUCAAUCUUUCUCUAGCCUUGAGUCCGAAGGAAAUGGAAAAGGCCAGUUUUCCUCGAUCGUGGUGAUAGUCAAGGAGUACACAAGGAGAUUGUAGAAAAUUAAGCACUUGAAGUGUAUCACCAUGCACAAAGCACUGUCUAGUUCAUUUUUCAGUUGUGCAGUUUAUCUUAGGUGUUGGACUUGUGGCAUCGAAAUGUCAUGAUGAUGCACUGUAGACCACAAAUAACAGAUCUACAAAAUAAAAAAUCCUGAGAAUCUUCUAUAUUGGAAAAACUGAGGGAAAUUUUGUUGUCCGCCAUUUUGAUGAGAAUAGAUUUUACGGUAAACUGCAAUAAAAUGAACCUGACAGUGCUACCCUUCUCGUAUUCUUGUCGUGCAACCUUUUGAUACCCUUGUUCGCACUGCAUUGAUAGUUUCCCUUGGAGAAUGUGUUCUCUACUUAGCUGUGUAACAGUUGCUAAAAAUGCAAUUCUAACCUAAUGCCGAUACCCACACACACAAUCACAAGUUCAUCGUUUGUGAGCAAAUGUGGUGUAAAAUUAUGAACAGUUAUGUUGAGAUAGGUCUUUAUUGGUAAGAUGCAUUUUUGACAAACGUUGAAAGGCACACUGGAGAACAGAUUCCUCCGGGUUGAGUUUUCAUAUCGUUAUAUGCCUGUGGAUGUCAGAUACGUAUGCUUAGAAGUUUCAUACAGCCAUUUGUAAAAAUGUCACAUAUUGACAUUUGAUAACGUUAUGUCCCUCCUAUUUUAAACUCUUUUAAAUGAAUGCUGCCGAAGUCUGUCCCAAGCGCAAGAUGCCCACACAGACAAUUUUGAAGUUUUGUCAUCUUUGACAAGACCAUUCAUUAUCUUUGUGCCAUGGUAUCGUUGAUGAUUGAGUCGAUUCUGGAGGAGGGUCUCGGACAAAGAUCAGUUCUGAUCUUGGGUUAAGGGAUAUAGCUCUAUCAAAAUUCUGUCUGUGAGAGGAAAAAAUGUUACAGAUUUAGUUGAAACUCUAGGAGAGGAAGUAAGGUUUUCAGCCUGGGCAUUCUCCUAGACAUGGGAGCCUCUAGGAUCAAAAAGUUGUUCAGUUGAGAUUUGUCAUGUGUCUGUGGUGGCAUUCCUCUGUAAAAUAUAUAUAUAUCUAAUAAAGUAUACUAAGCACUCGCACCCACAUGUAGGUAACAUGGUGAGGAACAUGUACUACCUUUCAUUUAAUGUCUCCCUCAAUAAGGUAUUUCAUUAGAAGUGCUUCUCUCUUUUCCAGUUGUCGACCCAAAAUUCCCAUCUAGCUGUAAACCUUAUUUCCGGGUAGUAAAGUGAUAUGCUAUUCCAUGUCUUUUUCAGUGGUAGAGUACUUGUUUAAAAAUGGCACAUGCUUUUUUAUCCGCUGUCUAUGUGUCAACUUAGCUGGCAAAAUUGUAUGUGGUCAUUCCUGUGUGAUGGGGUCUGUGUUUAGAAUUGUAUUUGGUCAAAAUGAUUGAGGACUUACUCAGAAACUAGAUAGCUGGACUAGAUAGUCUUAUGAUUUUAAGAUAACGUAUGUAAUUACAAACUCUGUUGAUUUAAAGGCAAAAAACACGCCUUGUACAAGUAUGCACUGGAUCACUCGCAGCCGGUAUAGCCUGAUUGGUUAAUUUGUCACCGGUAUCAAGCUUAGCCAAUAGCGUGCUAACCAUCCAAUUAAUCUAUCUGUGCCUAAUAACAAGGAUAAUGUCGAUAUUUGCCACUCUGCACAAGUCUUGUUCAAGCUUAAAUUGUUCAGGUUAUGACUCAGAAAGGGACACCUGUUGAAACUUUUAUUUUCAAUAAAUCAUGUUAUACUCAGAUCAUUUUGUAGCAUAGACUUCUCUUACUUGGCUGACCACAUAUCUGCUUCGUACAUAUAUUGUCAGGUGAACCUUAAUGUUGGCCUGUCCUUCUGUGUAUGUAUACUAAAUAUGUAGAUGUUUCAUGUAGAUGCUGGGUACUGAACACAAACAGCAUAUUUGUAUUUGUUUAUAAGGACUGGCCAACAUUUUCUGAAUACUGUUCGGUAGUAAGCCAACCUCCUGAUCGAAACAAUCGAAUCUGCCCUUAAUUGAAUGUCCAACGCUUCAUAUUGAAUUUCAAUUCUAAGAUGUAUGGCUUAGGCAGAAAUCAUUGAAUGUAUGGCAAGUUUCAUUUAGGAGAAGGUUGUCCCUAUCGGGGAAAGCCUCCUCCAUUGAUAUCUUAAUAAGAGAUAGGCCUUAUGCCCAUUCUUUGAUGUGGGUUUACUACACGAUUUGAAAUACGGUUCAGUUGUUCUGUCCAUUAUAGAAAUAUAUGUCAGUUGUUGCAGUAUUGAUAGCAAGGACAUCAUAUAUACCAUAGCUUCAAUGUUUGUGAUACGUUUUCAUGUUAUAUCAAACUUGUACAUUUCACGUGUAUGUAUUCACGUUUUUAUCAUAAUAUAGUGAUAUCAUGUGUAUGUAAUAAUAUAUGUGUUCCCAUUUUCCUAAACUUGUUUUGGUAAUCCCGAAAUGAUUGUAAUGCACUCAUUAUACCUAAAUAGUAAAUAAUUAGUAAUAUAAAUAAAUGUGCCAAGUAUCAAACCGUUCUGUUUCUGCUUCGAAAAUGGCCUCCCUGGUAUUUAGGACAACACAUUUAUUCCUUUGGGUAGACGUCGUACUGCCGGUGAAGAAAUGUCAAUAUUCUUCAGAGUCCAGCUGUUGAGCUGCAAUAUUGCUUUUUAUUAUUUUAUAUAAGUAUAAAAAUCACGGAAAUUAAAAAAGGGUGUCCUAUCCUACGCUCUUCGCUCUGAUUAACAUUUUUGAUAAACAACUUUUAACUAGUGAGCGUUUAUUAGUGUGUAAUAAGACGCAAAUCCUUUGUUCUUACACAUUUUUGAUUGAAAAGUCCAUCCUCAUUGAGGUUGGUAGGUCAUCACUUUUGACAUUUAGUACGUGCAAUUGAUGGUGGAAAAAUAAAAAUAAUGUAUACUGCACGUAUUUCAAACAAGAUUUGGUUUGUUAGAGAUUUAAAUCAUUUAUGAAAGACAGAUAUUUCAUAUCAUGGUACGAAUCUCAACCUUACUGAUAAUUUCAUAUUUCAUCAUUUCAGUUGCUACAUGUAAGUUGCUACAUGCUACAUUUAAUUAAGUCGUAGUGAUGACUUUGACAUGAAUUGGGUAUUAUUACUGUAUUUUUCAAUUCAAACGAUGGUGUACAUGUAUAUGCAAGCAUCUAAAUCAUAUGUGGCCGGGUUUACAUAUAGUUACGUGUCACCGUUCUUUGAGAACAUAAUAUGUCGUUGUCACCGUUCUUUGAGAACAUAAUAUGUCGUGCAUAAACACGAACAUGAGGAAGUAUGUACUGUAUGAUCGUACAUGGUCGUGACAAGUAAUAAGGAGUUUUCAUAAAGCCCCCAAAACGUCAACGCCUAUCACCUUGUUCGGGAUCGAGAUAAGGAACUUGGACAAUGGGAUAGGCGUUCACGCGGGCGUUUUGGGGGCAUUGCGAAAACUCCCUAUUAUUUGGUACGCGAAACGAGAGAUGUGACAUCGUGAAUCCUAUAAAAGCCCAGGCUAAGAAGUCCUUCGCCCAUGUUAAUGUUAAUUAUUUUUGAUAUGCCAUGUUAUAUCAUUGCGCCAAACCUGUGUUGCACUGUGUCACCCCAUCAGAUUGUAUAUCACCAUGUGGAUAACGUAAUAAACAAAUAUAUUGACAAUUUCCCAUUAA